AUGGGGAGGCGGCUGCAUCCUGAGGAUGCGUCCUCGUCGUCAUCGCCGUCGGCACAUCCUGAUGAUGAUGAUGAUUUGCGCGCCGAGUUUCUCUCAGAUUUCGAUGAGCAGGCGUUUCUGCGACAACUUGAUGCAUUCCAAACGAGUCUACAAAGCAUGCCCCCCGUAGCGUCGACUGUCGCCCCAGUGCCUGUCGCUCAGCCAGCCGCUGCCCCCACUGUACCGCCCCCAUCCGCGCCAUCUCCUUCUGCGCCAGUCAUGGCACCUAGUAUACCCGCUGAAAAUUCUUCCUCUGAAUUUUACAGCACGGCCAUCCAGAUCCUUACGCAUAUACUCGGCAGCUCUACGCCGUAUCCGUGGCUGAACGAUGUGAGCGUGCCUAAAGCUGAUGACAACUCGCACAGCGUUGCAUCAAAUGACCAUAUGCACCAGCUGAUCAACGUGCUGGUCGAACGACUGGGCGGCUCAUCCGACCGUCGUGUCAAGGAACAGGACCUGACACACCUCUUACAGACACUUCUCGCGCAGCAGCAAAAGCCCCCUGCGCCACAGCCCAUGUAUCCACAGCCAACAUCAGCACACUUUGCCGACUUGGCCUUCCCAGAUGAGGAAGAAGACGACCCCGACUUUUUGCCCGUACCAUCCGAGCACGACGGGCUCGCAACGGCGCCCAGCACCACCGCCUGGACCCGUGCGAUGGACGAAGUCAUGCCGACCGAGACACCUAAGCCACGGCGAGGGCGGCCGCGGCGGUUCACGACAGAAGAAGCAGCCGAGCGCAAACGAGACCGGAACCGAGACUACAUGGCGCGACAGCGCACGACGAAGAAGCAGCGCGCGCCCUAUACCCCCGAGUCAUCCGCAACAGGAGCAUCUACGGAUGCUCCGGGAAACGCGUCGGACCGACUCGUACUUGAAGCCGAAAAUCGGUUUCUUCGUGCUGAACUGGAGCGACUGCGUGAAGAGAACGCCAAACUGCGCGGUCGAGAAGAGAUGCGGGCGUAUGCAGCACAGCUCGGUAUCAAUCAUCGUCAGAGCUUUCGUUCCUAG